AACAAAUCUAUAAUGUGCAAUGCCUGUUCCAUUAAAUUGUUUGCGGCAUUCAAUUUCAAGGCAACGUGUACGGAUACCGAGGACCGUAUCUUUCCAUACAUCGAUUCUGAAACGAGAACGCCGGUCGACCUAAGAGAAAUUUAUCUAAAGGAAAGAGGUAAAGAGCAUUUAAAAGAUAUAUUGGAAGACGAGAGGAUUUGUCGAUUGUGUAUGCAAGUGGUCACCAAUGGAUUUACAUCGGUAAAAGAAUUGGAUACCGAUACACUCUGUCAAUAUAUUCCUGAAGUGAAUUUGACUUCUACCACAGAUCCCGUUAUAUGCAAAGUUUGCCUUGGUUCGUUGAACACCCAUAUGACUUUCUUAAAGGGCUGUUUUAAUGUGGAAGAGAAAAUUGAAAAUAUUUCUGACAACAAAACCAUAGAAAGUCCGUUCCACAUUCACUUAGAAGCUAUUGAAUUAAAAUCUGAAGAUCAUAAGUCUCUCUCGGAAGAUGAACUCCUUGACCGCGCAAGUGACAGCCGAUCUGAAAAUGUGGAAGCCACAAACAAUUCUAUGCAUAAGCAUAAAAGGAAGCCAUGUUUGUCAAAGAAAACUAAACGUCCCUUGAAACGCACGAAUUCCUCUGAGAACCGAAUAUAUAAAUGUGACUUCUGUGAUUAUAAAACCGUUAAAAAGAAUCUUCUUAUCUGUCAUCUUGUUCGACACCAAGACGUCCCCGAAGAGCAGAAAUUCAAGUGUCAUUUGUGCAAUUUUAAAACCGUUCGCAAGCAAGCUCUUCAACGACAUCUGCUGACACACAAGAUCGUCCCAGAAGAACAGAUGUUGAAAUGUCACUCUUGUGAUUAUAAGACCGGUCAAAAGAGGCUUCUUGCAUCUCAUAUGCAACGGCACGAAAACAUACCAGUAGAGCGGAUGCACAGAUGUGACCGGUGCGAUUAUAAAACUUUGCAUAAGAACCAUUUUACGCGACAUCAGCUUAGACACAAAGAUAUCCCCGAAGAACAGAUGUUGAAAUGCCCUUCAUGCGACUAUAAAACCGUCUUUAAGCAGUACCUUAAAAAUCACCAGCUCAGACACACAGACACUUAUAAAUGCGAUUUGUGCGAUUACAAAACCUUCAAAAAGGAGUACCUUAGACGUCAUCAGCAGCUGAAACACACACACGUACCUGAAGAGCAAAUGUUGAGAUGCAAUUUCUGCGAUUACAAGACGGGUGAUAAAUAUUACCUCAAACGCCACCAAUCAAAACACAAAGUCAUACCGGCAGAACAGAUGCAUAAAUGCGAUUUGUGUGAUUAUAAAACCAUUUAUAAGCAAAGCCUAAAACAACAUCAGUUGAAACACAAAAUCUUCACUGAAGAUCAAGUGCUGAAAUGUCAUUUGUGCAGCUAUGAAACUGUUUAUAAGAAGAGUUUUAGAGUCCAUCAGCUCAGACACAAGAACAUCCCCGAAGAGCAGAUGUACAAGUGCGAUUCGUGUGAUUAUAAAACCAUUUUCAAGCCCUACCUCACACAACAUCAACAACGAAAAACAACAAGGAAAAAUAUUCCUAAAAAUAGGAAAUUUGAAUGUGACUCAUGCGACUAUAAAUCUGUUUCUAAGAACAAUCUUAUGCAACAUCAACUCAAACACAAAGACAUCCCCGAAGAACAGAUGUUGAAAUGUUAUUCGUGCGAUUAUAAAACCGGUCGAAAGGAUCGUCUUGCACGACAUCAAUUAAGGCACCGACUCUUCACCGAGGAGCAAUUCUAUAAAUGCGAUUCGUGUGAUUAUAAAACUAUUGAUAAAUAUCGUUUUAAACGACAUCUACUCAGGCACAAAGGCAUCCUCAAAGAACAGGUGUACAAAUGUGAUUCCUGCGAUUACAAAACCAGUCAAAAGAAUUACCUUACAAAACACCAGCUGAAACACAAGGACAUCCCCGAGGACCAGAUGUUUAAAUGCUGUUCAUGCAGUUAUAAAACUGUUAAUAAAUAUCACCUUGCACACCAUCAACUUACGCACAAGGACAUCUCUGAGGAGAAAGGGUAUAAAUGUGAUUCGUGCGAUUUUAAAACUGAUUAUAAGCACUGUAUGGUACAACAUCAACUUAGACACAAAGAAAUCCUCGAGAUGUUGGAAUGUGAUUCCUGCGAUUUUAAAACCCAUUUUAAGGGUAAUCUUGCGCGACAUCAACGAAGACACAAGGCCUUCCGCGAAGGUGAGAUGUACAAAUGCGAUUCGUGUGAUUAUAAAACCGUUUAUAAGCCGUAUCUUAUACAACAUCAACUGAGGCACAAAAACAACUCCGUGGGGUAGACGUAUAAACGCUAUCCUUGUGAUUAUAAAACUGUAUACAAACGCCUUCUUGUGCAAAAUCUUCAAACACAAAGACAUCCCCAAAGAGAGGAUGUUAAAAUGCGAUUUUUUGCGAUUAUAAAACCAAUCAAAAGAAAUAUCUUGUAAGUCAUCACUAGAGACCCCACAUCCUUCGCACAUCUCAGCUCCAUACUUCAUUCGACGAUAUCAAUAUUUAAAUAUUCAUCCAUUCUUCACAAAAUAAUAAUAGCGCCGGCUAAUCGACAAAAGCACCAUGUUUAUUUAACCCGCACGUGUCAAGGUCAUGGUAGUCGGUCGACGGGCGGGGGAAACGGAUUUCAUUGCUAUUACACGGGGCCGUUCAAGUCAUGCAGCAAUCAUCAACAUCAUAUCAGUUGCAUGCUAAUCAUAUGUAAGGAAACGUCGCGUCUUGUCCAGUAACAGUACGGUGUAUAUGCAUAUUUUUAAUUAUAAGUGUUAGUUUUUAUUGUCUCUGUAAAAAUGUCACGUCGGCUUCCCGCUCGCUCUACGGUCAAAAACUGGAUAAAAGAUUACCCCAAUUUAGAAUUCGACGGAGCAGAACUAAGGUGCAAAAUUUGUGAAUGCUUUAUAUCGUGGAAUUAUAAAACACGAAUUGCGGAACAAAUAAACUCGGAAAAACACAAAGCUCGCGAAAGUAACAGUAUGACCACCAGUGAACGUCAAAAACAAUUUAACGACGAUUUGAUAAAAGUCAUGGUUGCGUAAAAUAUUCCAAUGGACAAAUUAAAUAACACGAACUUUAGACAAUUUUUGCAAAACUGCGUUAAUGGAAA